CAUCCUGCCCCUCCGGCUGGGUCGACGAGGAGGUCGCGGCGCUGUGUCGGGCAGCUUCACCGGAACAAAUGUCCUUCCAAGAAGACCCUCUACUCCACGUGCCGGUCACCAGUGGAACGACCAACAUGACGUAUGUGAACUACCAGUGCGCAAUGUGCCAUGGUGAUACGCAGGACAUUACCUUUUGGAAUGUCAGUUUGCAGUGCCCCUCAGUGGCACGCGACAGAGACGUUGAUGUAGAUAAUCUAGUGUUUCGAGAGGGCCAGUGGGGAGUGAUUGUGAAUGUCAGUGAGCAAGAAGCGGUGCGCAAAUGUGAUGUGACACUAGCCCACAAAAAAAAAAAAAAAAUAAAAGGGAAUUCUGGGAGAGAGUGCAGACUCGUUGUGGACCAGUGCAUGAAAAACUGGGAUGAUGAGACGAUAGAAAACUUUGCCAUUCAUACACAUCGCACGUAAUAAUAAAUGAGAAAUUUUACAAAAAUAACUUUUGCGCUGUUUGCAACAAUGUGUCCAUUACCAAUGAAGAAUGUGACUUAUUCUUUUCCACUUAUGCUGGGAGAGAUGAUGGCGUAUUCCUUAAUUAUGGUGUAAGGUUCGGUUUUCCGUCUCCGCCUCGACCUUUUACACUGCUGAUAGACUUCACGUGCGGAAACGGUAACAACAAGGUAGGAGAAAGCUGUUUCUCUAGUCCGUUUUCCAAGAAGUACUUGAAUCUAAGUGAAGCUUCCGUCAAAAAGAACCUGAUUCAUCCAGACACUGACAAUGCCACUGCCCCCCCUCGUAGCAAUGGAUUCUGUAGAAACGAGACGAUUCUCAAGGACGAGUAUACUAUGGUCAACGGAACUGUGGUCAUAAACCUGUCUAAUCGUUCUUACCCUCCAGGGGAGUACGAGGUUGUGGACGAAGGGGUUUCGGUGUGCUCCGCGGAGUCCGACAAGUACUCGUCUGCCAUGGGAUGGGUGACGCUGGUUGGGCUGAGCGCGUCCUCCCUGUGCCUCGUGCUGCACUUGGUCGCCUUCGCUCUCGUGCCUCACCUCAGGAACCUUCACGGCAAGAACGUGGCAUCUCUUUCUGCGUCGCUCCUCGGCGCCUACGUCACGUUCAUCCUGAGCGUUUUCGCCGAGACGUCGACGACGGAAUGCUACGUGUUCGCGGUUCUCAUCUAUUACUUGUUUGUGACGUCGUUCUCGUGGAUGAACGUCUUGGGCUUCGACGUGUUUUACACGUUCAGGCGAACCAGGUUGAGGUCCGGAGACCAGUGGAAGAGUUUCUUGGUGUAUUCUACCUACGGCUGGCUGCUGCCCGCCUGCGCCGUGGCUGCGGUGGUAGCGCUCGACCAGACGAGGCCCUCUGGCUUCCCCCCGGAAUUCCUUCCGAGUCUUGGCCAGCACCUUUGUUGGUUCGGGCGACGUAAGGCCUUGCUGGCGUUCUUCGGCACCCCCCUGUUCGCCUGCAUCGCCAUCAACGUGGCUUUGUUCGUCGCCACGACAGCCACCAUCGCCAAGACGAGGCAGUCGGAGGUGCGGAAGACCUCCCCGAAUGACCCGAAGAAGGAAGCACUGGAAACACUGGACAUUCGCUCUCAGUGCACUGGAAACACGGACAUUCGCUUCCAAAGUUUGCAAACGCAAGUAGAAAUACAAAGUUUACAUAUACGAAAUUCCCGAGUUUAUGCAGUCUCCUAA